CUAUCACCAUGGCGAUAUUGACUAUCAUUCUGCUUGUCAGCACGGCUUUUGCUAUGGGAGAUGGUGCGAUACGACCCAAGACCCCAUGUGAGGAUGCUAGAGAUGCCAUGACACAUGGCCAAGUUGGAGGCUACAUCCCCACGUGUGACGCCGCUGGACGAUACACCCCUGAGCAAUGUUGGGGCUCUACAGGUUACUGUUGGUGUGUGAACAGUUCUGGACAGAAGAUCCCGGGUACUGAGACUCCACCAGGCACUGCUAGAAUCAACUGUUCCACCAAGUGGAAAUAAGGCCCUGUGGUCUCAUCCAACACCAUCACCACAACACAUCACUACUCUUGAUUCCUACAUAUGCACGCUUUAUGCUUUCUUUACAAGAAUCUCCAAUGAUUUCAGUGUCAUGAUCUCUCUUCUUCCUGUGUCCCUCUGUCAUGACAUCUCUUCAACUUUUCUAAUUUAAUUCUAAUUAUGGCAGCUGUGGUCCUCCAAAGACAUCAAAAUGUAAUUCCAAUAUAUACAGGAGUUCAGAGUCCAGAAUCAGAACCAUGCUACUCUGAGUCUGAAGAAUUGUUCCAGACCACAGAGGGAUGAAAGACCCCUUUACUGAGUCUACAUCAUCACAUUUCACUAAAUCAUUCCCUUGUUUGCUUCAUGCAUUAUAUCAUCCUUUAAAAUAAAGUACAUGCUCUUCAUC